GGCACACAACAACGUCCACCCACACACGCUCUCGAAGUGGUGGUGUUCGCUUAGAGCGAGCUGGCCGCGCGAUAUGGGGGUGCGAUGAAGAGAGAUAGCCAGUGGCAAAGAUAGACAGAUAGAUAGAUCGGGAGAUGGAUAAGGAGAGAAGCGAGAGAAGAGGGCGGCGGGUAUUGAAGGGGGGAAAAGAGAGGGUCGGAAGUAGGGGAAGAGAGAGAGAGAGAGAGAGAGAAGAGAUGACGAUGGAGAGGAGGAGCGAUCGUCGACUUCGGUGGGCGAUCCGGAGCACCGUGCUUUCCUUGGCCCGCUCUCAGUUUCAAUCGCGCGCUCCGAGCUUGCUCCAAGAGAGCGCUAACCGAGAGGGGAUCGACGAUCGGCGAUCGAAAGUGAGAUCACGUCGCGAUCGAUCGAGAAAACGGUAUCUGUACCGCAAGAUCGCGGAGAUCGCGAUGGAACCAGAUGCGACGAGAGAUGAGUGAGGAGAGAUCGGGAACCACGAUCGACGCCACGAUCGUAUGCCGAUCGAUCUUAAAAUCACGAAAUUUGAUCACCAGUUUGGAGGCUGGCUCUGUUCUCGGGAGAUAUUAACGCGUGCAACACGUGUUUCUCGUAGCUCAAUUAUAUGAGAACUCCGCAGAUCUAGUGUAGCGCAUCCAGCUCAUUCGCGGAUGCGGUUGCUUGCAAAGUGCACAAGUUGAUCUGAACCAGUGACGAAACUGCCGAGAAAAGUCGUGCCACGUGACCCUUAUUGAUAUAUGACGCGAUCGCGGAGGAGUCGAUACGAGUUCAGGGGGUACGCGCGUGCCUUUCGCCCUUAAAAGCAUCAUGGGUCUGCAAAGUCAUGGCGCUCGGGAUUACGGGAAUGAUCAUCGUUGCAUCAAAGUUAGAUUGGAAUACACCAGAGACUGGAACCAGCCUCCUUUGCGAAGAGAGACACUUUGACUUUGAGGAAGAACGAGCAUUAUGCACGUCAGUUCCUUGAGAGUUCCUUGAGAUCAGUGAUUUCGCAUUGUAUCGCAUUGUAUCGUAUGUUGAACACCGCGGGAGAAUGGCGCGAAAUGAAGAUGAACAAGAGCGUAACGUGUUCAUUCAAAUCACGGUGGACGGUCUGCGCAUUGUUCCCAUGGAAAGUACAAGAGGACGUACGUCAGCGCGCGGGAAUGUUUGAUGGAGUGCAACGAAAAAUUCCAAAACACGAGGUAGUACUUUAAUCAACCUGAAGCCCUUUUGCGUGCUUCAGUCACUUAUCAUCAUGUCCGAGGUUUAACAAAAUGCAAAUCAUUGCGCUUGCAACAAAUGUGACAAGCGUUGAAGCUACGUCGUGAAAUACCAUUGUCGAGAUGCUCGCGGUGAGACCGGAAUGAAAGCAACAAUGUGAACAACAAUCGGGCCUCACUCCGUGAGUAACCGCGAGUGACUUACUUCUCUCUCUUUCUCUCGCGGGAUCAACUGGACAACCCGGAGCACAAUGCGUCGCCAGAUGUAACAGUUAUACGAGAUAACUCCCCAACAGUGAAAUAAGGGUGUAACGUCAGGGGUUGUGAUGGCGUCGCGGACGAGAAAACAGUGGUGCACGGGUGGUGUCUUGGUGCGGCUGACGUUAACCCUGUCGGGUCUGUGCGCGAGUCGUUGUGCGGAUGUAAUGACGACGACGACGAUGACAACGGUGGCAAUGUCGACGAUGAGGACCACAACGAUGAACACUAUGCCGACCAUCAGAGACCAUUCAAAGGACUGCAUCAGUCCUACGCGAUCGGACCCUGUGCAGUCGAAGAGCGAGGUGAAGCUGGCGGUGAUCGCACCGGGCGAUCACCAUGAGCAGAGCUUGCCGAGGGUGUUGCCGGCAGUGCUGUUGGCGGUGAGAUACGUCAGCUCGCUCAAGGGACCCCUGCCCGGAUGGAACAUCACGGUGGACCAUCGUGACUCGCACUGCUCCAGCACUUACGGGCCCCUGGCCGCAUUCGAGUUCUACAUCAACCAGACGGCAGACGCAUUCCUGGGUCCCGUGUGCGAUUACGUAAUUGCACCAGUGGCCAGGUAUGCGGGUGUCUGGGGGAUACCCGUGCUGACGGCGGGUGCACAGGCGGAGGCGUUCCGUCACAAAGGGGAGCACUAUCCGACGCUGACCAGGAUGAUGGGCUCCCAUCGUCUCGUGGGCGAGGCGAUGAGACAUAUCCUACGGCGUUUCGGAUGGAAAAUCGCCGGUCUGCUGUUCCACAAUCACGAGAUGGCUAGCAGCAGGGGCAAUUCCGAGUGCCAUUUCACGCUGGGGGCUGUAUACACCGCGCUGAAUCAGACGCCGGUGCACAGGAGCUUCAACCAGGAAUCGACCACCGCCGAGGAUUAUCGGAACUUGCUCACCUUUGUCUCCAAGUCCGCAAGGAUCGUGGUGAUGUGCGCUAAUUCAACGACCAUCCGGGAAAUAUUGCUGGCUGCCGAGGAACUCGGGAUGGUGGACUCAGGGGAAUACGUGUUCUUCUCCAUAGAGCUUUCCUCGAGCGAUAACAAUUCCAAGGAACCAUGGAGAGUCGAGGGUGACACCGACGAGAGAAAUGAGAAGGCCCGGAAGGCUUUUCAAGCCUUGCUCACAGUGACCGCGCGCACCCCCGACAACCUGGAAUACCUGAAUUUUUCGCGCGAAGUUAAAUCUCUAGCGCAAAGCAAAUAUAACUUCACGUUCGGUAACAGCUCGGUCUCCACCUUCGUGACGGCGUUUUAUGACGCGGUGCUACUUUACGCGCUCGCCCUUAAGGAGAGCCUGCCGACGGAGAAGUCUGGUGAGGUCAACCUAGACGGCGGUAAUCUGACCCGGAGAAUGUGGGGAAAGAGUUUCAAGGGGAUAACCGGAGAUGUGAACAUCGAUGAGAACGGCGACAGAAUCGCGGAUUACUCACUGUUGGACAUGGACCCGCAUACGUCGAGAUUUGAGAUCGUGGCCAAUUAUUACGGUGCAAAUAAAACACUGGAGUACAUCCCUGGAAAACAGAUCCAUUGGGCCGGUGGUCGCUUGGAGCCACCCCCGGAUACGCCUACUUGUGGAUUCGAUGGCUCGUUGUGUCCCGAUAAUUCUCUUCCAGGGUACGCCAUUCUCUCCAUGGUAUUGAGCUCCAUUGUGGUCUUUCUCGUCGCCGGUUCGGUAUUUAUUUAUCGGCGCUUCAAGCUAGAAGCGGAAAUUGCCUCUAUGAUAUGGAAGGUGCACUGGGACGACGUAAUACUAAUAAAGCCGAAUUCGAAGACACGGGGCUCCAUGUAUUCGCUGACCGCGAAUAAAUUUCGCGGCAGCCAAUUGACGAUAUAUUCCGACGAUAAUGUAAGUUUACCGGGGAACGGCGUUGAUAGAAACAUUGAUAAAAUCCCUACAGCAAUUUAUAAGAACUCGAAAGUCGCUAUAAAAGUCAUACCGAACAAAGUGGAGAUCUCAAGGCCUUUAUUGCUGGAACUAAAGCGAAUGAAGGAUCUUCAACACGAUCAUCUCGUACGAUUUUAUGGUGCCUGUCUCGACCCGCCGCACUGUUGCCUCCUAAUCGAAUACUGCCCCAAAGGAUCUCUCCAGGAUAUACUGGAGAACGGGCAGAUAAAUCUGGACCGCGUGUUCAAAGUGUCCCUGAUACACGAUAUCGUUCGGGGCAUGGCGUAUCUUCAUGCAUCGGAAGUGAAGAGCCACGGUAAUCUCAAGUCCUCGAACUGCGUCGUCGAUUCGCGAUUCGUCCUGAAAAUCACCGAUUUCGGCUUGCACGAGCUCAGAAGAACAAACGGCAUGGACACGGAUGUCGACAGGAACAGUUACGCUUAUUGGAGGAAUCAGCUGUGGACAGCUCCGGAGUUGCUGAGGAUGGAGAGGCGAUCGCCCGAGGGCACUCAGAAAGGCGACGUAUACAGCUUCGCUAUAAUCGUUCACGAGAUCGUGAUGCGCCAAGGGCCGUUCUACUUGGGACAAAAUAACGAUCUUCCUCCAAAAGAAAUAGUAGAAGGCGUCAGAAGAGGCGGAAGUUCACCCCUAAGGCCUGUAAUCGACGAGGCUUCCGUUGAAGAAGAAGUGGCCGCUCUAAUGAGACGAUGCUGGGCGCAAGACUCCGCGGACCGGCCGGAUUUCACCGCGCUGAAGCAGGCAAUUCGUAAAAUUAAUAAGGACUACGAGAGCAACAAUAUCCUAGACAAUUUACUGUCCCGCAUGGAACAGUACGCCACGAAUUUGGAGACGCUGGUGGAGAUACGCACAGCAGACUACCUCGAAGAGAAACGUAAAUGCGAAGAACUCCUUUACCAGUUACUACCGAAAUCGGUGGCGUCGCAGCUGAUCUUUGGACAAAGCGUGGACGCCGAGACCUACGAUCAAGUGACAAUCUACUUCAGUGAUAUCGUGGGCUUCACGAGCCUAUCGGCCGAAAGUACCCCUCUAGAAGUGGUCGAUCUACUGAAUGACCUCUACACGUGUUUCGAUUCCAUCAUCGAGAACUUCGACGUUUACAAGGUGGAAACGAUAGGGGACGCCUAUAUGGUCGUAUCAGGACUGCCAGUGAGGAACGGCAUGAAUCACGCCAGGGAAAUUGCGAGGAUGAGUUUAGCUCUCAGGGAUACGGUAAUGACGUUCAGUAUUCGUCACAGACCAAACGAGCAAUUAAAGCUUCGCAUUGGCAUGCAUUCUGGACCAUGCGUGGCUGGCGUGGUGGGUCUCAAGAUGCCCAGAUACUGUCUGUUCGGCGACACCGUCAACACGGCCUCCAGGAUGGAGAGUAACGGAGAAGCUCUAAAGAUCCACGUCAGCCCCAAGACAAAGGAGAUCUUGGACACCUUCGGCACGUUCGAGCUCGUCUGCAGAGGAGAGGUCGUAUUAAAGGGUAAAGGCCCCAUGACCACUUACUGGUUGAUAGGCGAGAAGCCGACGAACAACAAUGUGCAACAGGCGAAUCCCACGUCGACGAUGAUUAGCCAGACAUCUCAGCCUCCCCAGGAUCAACCUGUCAUCGCGUCGCAGAUCCCAACGACGCAGCCGAAGCAACAGGAUCUACGCACGCUCCCGGCCACCACUCAGCAGCAUAAGUUUCAGAGCCAACCGGACCUGCAGCAGCAAUCGAUUCAGUCGAGGAAUCAGGAGUUGCGGCAACAGGGACAUCCGGGUCAACAGAGGCCGCCGCAGGAACCGCAGUAUCAGAGUUUAACGGGGCAAUCGCGGGGUCAACCGGUUCAGGUCAACUCGUCGCCGGCCACGAAUCAGAUCUCCAGCCAGAAAUCCGCGGCGAUGAUCGCCAAUCCCGUGUGCGGCCACGCGGUGACCGGAAACGGCGCGCCGAAGUCGAUAGCAUCGCGUAAUGUCGUCGCGACGCCGAUCGGCAACUCGUCGCCGUCUCGCAACCGCGCGAGCGCACCGCCAACCGCAAACAGCUCUGUGCACCAGGUGUACCCGACGGCCGAAAGUAUGCCCAAUCACACCGAGAGUGGACCCAACGCGCCGCUCCUUCUACCCGCGGGCGCAGUUCCCAGGGUGUAGCUCUCUUCUUAAGGUGUCAUCCCGGCGACGUGUCUGCCUUGCCAGCUGUUGAGCCUCCGAAGGCAAGAAGGAUAUCGAAGGGAAGCGUGGCGGAUCGAUACGUGGUGGUUCGUUGGUGGGAAAGCGGGAAGUUUUACGCGCCGGCGAGAGAGUAUCGGCCAGAAGGAACACAGAUUCGUGUGCGGAAGGACGGAAGGAUUAGUCUAAUCUUGCCGAAGCUCUCGCGGCGUUUACGCUCUUCGUUUCGAAAAUUACGAAAGUAUCGAUUCGCGAACACCGUUCGUGGUGAUCUCGUUCCAUCGGACUGGAGAUGCGUUUUAUCCACGUUAGUCAAGUUUGUUGUUCUACGUGAAUUAAAUGGACGUUGCUUUCCAGAGAGAAUCUAUUCAAGUAAGAAUAUUAUCAUCGGAUCAGUUAAUAGGAAAACUUGUUUUUGUAAUCUGCAAGUUCUCUGAUCAUGUUACUGGCGCGUUACUCAUAUCGUUUCCGCUAGAUACGGCUGGCAAAGCGCGAUAGAUCGCAUAGUCGGGGACCGAUUCUAAAUUCGAAAAUGAUCUCUUCCUACAAGGUAUUAUGGAACCAACGUUUACCGAUAACAAUUAGCACAAUUUAGGACAAAUUCGCGUGCGCGACCAUGGUUACCAGGAUCGCACGAGAAUGGACAAGCAGGGAUGGGAUCCGGGAGGAACCUAACGACCGAGGAGCAAUUAAUUAUAGGAAGAGGCGUAAUUAUUAAUACAUCACCGGCGACGUACUUUUGCCGAGAGUACCUACUCGUCUCUUGUACAUGGACACAGUAUUAUACCGGUCGCGUACGGCGCGUUUUAUUUAUUCCGAACCAAAGCGAGCACUCGCGUUUCACGUAUUCCGGCGUGCUCAUCCUUAUGCGAUUUAUUUGCAACGAUACGGAAAAUGCAACGGACUUAGCUUAGCGGCGAGUUUUUCACGUUAGCCGUAGCGGAUACUUGAUCCCGGCGAACCUCACGCGCCGAAUUAAUUAAAAUCUAAUUGCGCACGUAGACGAAUCCGGAUUCAUCUUUGAAAGUCUCCUGUGUCCAUUUUACCGACUGUGAUUAAUUAAAUCCCCCUUCUCUGUUCAUAUCACUGUCACGACCACUUGAAACAGAGUCGAGUUAAAGUUAGGAUUUACUUUUAACGAGAACAAACUUGAAACCUAAAUACAGUACGCUAAAUUUUCCCGGCGAACCGUGUCGCGGAAAUAUUAAUGCAUAAUCUUUUAAUAUAUCUUCAAUUUACAUGUAUAUCGCAGAUGUAUCAUCGUUUCUUUCUAGAUUCGUCUACGAUCGCAAACAUAUAUCACGAGGUACAUCGGUUGUUCACAGUGUUCGUCGUUACAUGCCCAACAUGACAAGAGUAUCAACGCGUGCAACGCGACACGCGCGCGCGAGACACACGCAACACAGAAUUCCGUACCUACACAUGCAUUAAGAUGUUAUAUAUAAAUAUACAAAAGAGAAAAAGAGAUAUAUGUAUAUGUUCACGACAUUAGAUUAUAUUAUAUAUAUAUAUUAUAUAUAUAUAUAUACAAUAUAUAUAUAUAUAUAUAUAUAUGUAUAUGGCUGCAAAGCAAAAGUUACCGUAGUUACGUCGAUGUUUAGGGCCACUCGUAGCGAACGGAGGCUGGGCCUCUCGCGAAACGAGUCUAUGACGUUCUCUGGAAAAUAAUACCGAGUGUGAGUGCAUAUACAUUCGCGCCGAUGCACACACGUAUCAAGCAUACACACACUACAUACAGACAUACACACAAACGAACAUAUACGCGAGAACAAACACAUGCACAUGUGGUAACAGUGCAUUUGCGUAUACGUGUUUGAUGUAUGAACGAAACAGUGCAGGGGUGGCUGAUCUCAUUUGCCGCGGUUACCCCCGCCUGUAAACGCGAUGUGAUGGCACGACAAGAGAGAGUGUUAUGCGCACACGCGCUUGCGGAUGUGACGCAUCGUGAAGAGUGAACUUUUAUCUGUGUCAAUCUCUCUUUUAACGAUGUACCAAUGAAUAUUCUGAAAAUAAAGUUUAAUCGUUUUC